UUAAAUUUUCAACAUCGUUUUCCUCCACCUCCAACAACUAUGACAACUGGUCGCUUGGUUGUUUUGGAUGAUAGGGCUCUUUAUCUUAUACACAAUGCACAUCGUCUUGGUAUUAUGGCCAUGAAUAAUUUGCGCAGUUCAGAUAGCCUUUCUGCAAAAUUUGCCAAGAAUCCUCCAUCGUGUGACGAUGUUUGUUGGCUAUUGGAUGUUUCUAUUGAGAUUGGCGAUCCUGAAUAUGUUCGGAUGUUUUGCGAAAAAGUGAUUGCUUCAAUUAGCUCGCCAUUUGUGCUUAUUGAACUUUUUAAGAGUAUUUUAAAGUUCUUCCAUCAAUUACCAAAUUCACAUCGAAUCCCUGGCACAGGUCAAAUUGAGGCUAUUCUUUUGUCAUCAAAUGGAGAUCUGGCAAAAUUAUGUAUGCAGCAGGCAAGGAAUGCAAUGACCCAACAUUCAAUGUCAGGAAUUGCUGUUGAAUUGGCUCUUCAUGCUAUUUCGACUGCAUUUUCUGCAGCAUCUCAUAAACUGAACUUUAAUAAUUUUAAUGCACCUGACCAAGAAUAUGUUUGUGAUUUGGCUUUGAUUACUCGUGAAUUAUUUCGUUUAUUACCUCCUACAAGCCAUCAUGAUCAACAACAACCACAGGGACGAAGAAAAUAUAUGGAUAUUUUUAUGGAGCAUAUGCAGAAACAGAAAUGUUUUAGAAAGUUCAAAAAUGUCCAAACCGCUAUACAAAAUGCUUUACAGCAACAACAUCAACAACAAAGACUUGCAUCACAACAACAAGUUGUUGUAGAUGAUCAACAGCAACAUCAAUUAAGAAUUAGAGGAGGUAAUGGCCAACAGCAUUAUCACUCUCAUUUGCCACCUAACAAUAACAGCUAA